AUGUUUCCGUUCUCACGACCAUACUCAUUACCUGACAGUCAUUUGUCUACACCACCUGCCGAUUGGAUAGAUGGUAGUUCCACAACAAGUUUGCCUUUGCCACUGCAAACGCCUUACAAUCGUCUACCCAGGAUGGAUAGUUCAGUCCCUUCCACACCCGGUGGCAGCCAAUCACUUUCGGAGGCAUCCGGGCGGCGACCGCUACCCAUGCCACCGCAAACCAGUGCAGCACUUAACGAUUUGCAAUUUAGACUACCCAGUUCCUCGCAGACGGGUUGGCCAUGUACGCCAAUCCCAUCGUCGCCUCCUCCGCCCUAUUCGCGCGAUCUUUGUCCCGAUGACCAAACUCACUCGCCUGCUUUAUCAAGGUCACCUUCUAAUUCACACUCGUAUCCUGCUCCCGAGGCACCAGUGAUUUUGACACCGCCGACACAAGCUGAACGCUGCGGAGAAGAUGCUGAUAGACGUGCUCCACAUGACUCGUUUCUUUGCCAUACCCCGCCCCCAGAUACUUGGAUAGCCGUGGAGACUUCGCCGUCGGAGUAUCGGUUGGUCGUGCGACUCCCUGGCUUCAGAAGGGAUGGCAUUACGCUCGCUACCCGCAGGCGCCGCAUACUUCACGUUGUUGCUGAUUCAUGGGAGCCUGAAGGCGGGCACUUCGAACGUCGAGUGUUAUUCGGAUAUGACGCUGAUCUGGCGCAAGUGCGCGCUGAAUUUGAUGGACAGAUUCUUCGUAUCAUCAUUCCUCGGCGUGUUCCGCCAGUUUCUUGGUAUAAUCAUCAGUAA